CCCUCACAGGAAACUCUCUCUCUCUUUAACUCUCUUUCUUUCUCUCUCUCCCUCUUGCUCUCUCUUCCUUUACACUAUAUAAGUGUGGUGUUUGGAUUGUGUGUCAGACAGAGUCAAGGAAUACUAGAGUGUAGGACAGAUGAAGAGGGGCACAAUUCCUGUGCCCCACCCCCUGCCCCCACCCCCCUCUCCCCGGGAUUGGCUGAUGUGAUGGUCACCGUACAGGAUCUACAGGAUGUUUGACAGCCCUACCCAUUGACCCAAGCUCCAGGAUGCUCAUGGUGCCCGUCGGAAGUGGCCAACCUCACCACGCCGUGCCUGUGGCCUGCGCCCUCACCUGUUCCUGGCUCCUGCUUUUCUUUCAUGCCGCCUUCAGCCAGAAGCCUGCCAAACUGCCCCUGGUGGGCCGCAAGCCCUUCAUCGCUGCCUGGAACGCACCGCUGGACCUGUGCACUGUCAAGUACAACGUCCACACCAACCUGGAGCACCUCUUCCACAUUAGUGGCAGUCCGCGGGCCGUCCACACUGGCCAGAACGUUACCAUUUUCUAUGCCAACCGGCUGGGCCUCUACCCUUUCUACACAGACCACAGCAUCCCUAUCAAUGGAGGCCUGCCCCAAAACUGCAACAUGAAUGACCAUCUCCUCAAGGCCUACAGGGAUAUCAACCAUUUUAUCCCCUCGGAGGACUUUGCCGGUCUGGCGGUCAUUGACUGGGAGUACUGGCGCCCACAGUGGAACCGCAACUGGCACAAGAAAGACAUUUACCGGCGGAAGUCCCGGGAGCUGAUCACACAGGCCUAUGUUAACGUGACUUCAUCACAAAUCGAAGAGCUGGCGAGCAAACGCUUUGAGAAGAGUGCCCGGGCGUUCAUGCAGAAGACUGUCCAGCUAGGGACGUUCCUUCGCCCCAACGGACUCUGGGGCUUCUACCUCUAUCCGGACUGCCACAACUACAACCUGUAUGAGCACAACUACACAGGCUCCUGCCCUCUGCUGGAGAGCCUGCGUAAUGACGAACUGCUCUGGUUGUGGAAUAGCAGCACAGCACUGUUUCCCUCAGUGGCUAUCAGGAAGAGCCAAACAGACAGUGUCAGCAAUCUCCAUUUCUCCCAGUUUAGGGUGCUGGAAUCUCUGAGGAUAGCUGGGCUCACCUCACACGGCUAUGAUCUGCCUACAUUUGUGUACACACGCCUGGGCUACAGAGACGAGGCAAUGGCCUUCCUCACCAUGAACGACUUGAUCCACACCAUUGGGGAGAGUGCUGCUCUUGGUGCAGCUGGUUUUGUGAUCUGGGGAGACCUCAACCUCACCUCAUCCAGACACAACUGCACAAAGGUGAAGUCCUUCCUAAACCAGCGCCUGGGUCAGUACAUCACCAAUGUGACACGGGCUGCAGAGGUCUGCAGUGACUUCCUGUGCCAGAGCAACGGCCGCUGUGUCCGCAGGAACCUCCACGCCCCGUACUACCUCCACCUGAGCGGAGACAGCUACCACAUCCAGCCCUCAGGGGACGGGGACUUUAUGGUCACUGGCUGGCACUCGCAGCACGAGCUCCAACUACUGGCCGAGAGGUUCCGCUGUCACUGCUAUGAGGGACACACCGGGGAGAAGUGUGACAGCCUGAACAAGGUGGUGGAAGAAGAGGAGGAAGAGGAGGGGGAGAGGGGGAGGAGGAGCAGAGGGAAAGUGCUGCUUCACAAACUGGGAACACCCUUGGCUUGGUGGUGUUGCUCCUCCUAUUGAACUUAUAUCCUUAGUGGGGACUGUUGUAUGAUGAUAGCACUUUAAGUGCCGUGUGUUAUUUGUGGUAGGGGAGACAGAGCUUGAAGUCACUUCCAUGGGACACUGCUUUCAUGCAAUGCUGUGUCAUUUUUCAACUGGGGUCCUUCACUAUAAUGGGUAACACUUUACUUGAAGGGUACCACCUUGUCAGCUCAGGGAUUGAAACUAACAACCUUUCAGUUACUGGCCCAAUGCUCUAACUGCUAGGCUACCUGCCACCCUAAAUGCUUAUCCUGUCAUCAAACCUACUUUAUGGUUUCAUUAAGCCUUACUAAAUAUUAGGAUCAAUAUAAACUGUGGGCUUUUUUUGCUCCAGUCUCCCCUAAUACUGUGCAGUUUCAUCUAGCAAUAAGCUUGGUAUUUCCACAAGGCAAAGUUUAUUAUGUUUUUAACCGUACGCUAUCAUUGAAUGCUAAUUCAUUUGAACGGAUGAUCUAAUUUGACUACUGGAGGAACAAUAAAGUUUUUAAAAGUUCCUUGGCACAGCGCAAUUUGAAAAAGCCUAUAACAAAUUGGUGUAUCCAUGGAAAAGUUUCCGAACCACAUCACGUUCGGGUCUUCCCAAGGCCUUCCACAGGGAACACUGUUUAGCAGGCAACGUAUAGGAGCAUUGUGUAACAGAGGCGCUAUGGAGGGUGCCAGCUGUUUCCUUCCCACACCUUUUUGCAAACAUUGGUGUUCAAGUUGUAUUUAAACUGGACAUCUCAUCGAUUCACAGGGGUAUGUUCAAAAGAACCCAAAGCCUUUAGGUAUCACUCUGACAUUAAAGCUCAGGUAGGCAGGGGUUAACACUGAGCAGCAGGAAGAGACAAGGUAUGUCAUGUCAACACCUUUUGCCUGUCCUCCUCAGUUAGUAGUUGACUGUAGGAGAGUUACAAGGUAUUGUCUUGCAACACCUUUUGCCUGUCCUCCUUAGUUAGUAGUUGACUGUAGGAGAGUUACAAGGUAUUGUCUUGCAACACCUUUUGCCUGUCCUCCUUAGUUAGUAGUUGACUGUAGGAGAGUUACAAGGUAUUGUCUUGCAACACCUUUUGCCUGUCCUCCUUAGUUAGUAGUUGACUGUAGGAGAGUUACAAGGUAUUGUCUUGCAACACCUUUUGCCUGUCCUCCUUAGUUAGUAGUUGACUGUAGGAGAGUUACAAGGUAUUGUCUUGCAACACCUUUUGCCUGUCCUCCUUAGUUAGUAGUUGACUGUAGGAGAGUUACAAGGUAUUGUCUUGCAACACCUUUUGCCUGUCCUCCUUAGUUAGUAGUUGACUGUAGGAGAGUUACAAGGUAUUGUCUUGCAACAUCUUUUGCCUGUCCUCCUUAGUUAGUAGUUGGCUGUAGGAGAGUUACAAGGUAUUGUCUUGCAACACCUUUUGCCUGUCCUCCUUAGUUAGUAGUUGGCUGUAGGAGAGUUACAAGGUAUUGUCUUGCAACACCUUUUGCCUGUCCUCCUUAGUUAGUAGUUGACUGUAGGAGAGUUACAAGGUAUUGUCUUGCAACACCUUUUGCCUGUCCUCCUUAGUUAGUCGUUGACUGUAGGAGAGUUACAAGGUAUUGUCUUGCAACACCAAAGUGAGUGUUUUCUACCCAGGUUACUCUUGAAAUGUGUGAAACUGUAAAAUCAUUUUGAUGUACAAUUGUUAUGCUAAACUAGACUGUAAAACCAGGAUGUAUAUGGACUAUAUAUGUUAUUUUAAUGUAAAGAACAGAAAUGUUUCAAAUCUUGUAUUCAUGUUGUUCUUUACCCAUGUACGAUGGCACUGUACAAAUGUACUCCAGAUGUUCUUUCUGUGAAGCACCAAGGGCUAGAGUCAUAAUUGACUUGGCAUCAAUAUAAGGCAUGUCAGCAUUUUGAUAGCCGCCAACAUUUCUUUUUGGAUUGCUUUACUCACUUUUUGUUCAUGUUUUAUGUGUAUGAACAAGUGGCUCAUAUAAGUAGUUCAUACAAUAUAUUUCAUUGUGUCUACUGACUGUGGUUUCACUGUAGACAAAUCCAUCUCAAUGUGGAUGAUUUCAUCAUCUCAGCCAUCUCAGCUAUAGUAGCCCUGUUGUGCUUUUGCCUAGACUGCACUUAAGAUUCCAAGAUUGUAAACCAAAUACACAAGGAAUAUAUGCAACAUAUGACACGUGUUGCUUGAAUGUAGAUGAACUGCAAAAAAAUAAAAAAAAUCGAUCAUUUUGGAUACAUCAAUUUGUUUCUACAUUCUGCUUCAAAGCUAAGAAACUUAAUUAAAUGACAUUGUAUGUAGGCUGAUAUCAAGAAAUAAACAUGGAUGACUAUUUUCCGAUUGACAACGUAUCAAUGAAGAUUCUCCAUUGAGAAUGUUUUUUAAUCGGCCCCUAGUAGACCUUUAACAGGCCCUGAAAGUGACCCUUAAAGUGCCCCUGAAAGUGACCCUUAAAGUGGCCCUGAAAGUGACCCUUAAAGUGGCCCUGAAAGUGACCCUUAAAGUGACCCUUAAAGUGGCCCUGAAAGUGACCCUUAAAGUGACCCUGAAAGUGACCCUUAAAGUGACCCUUAAAGUGGCCCUUAAAGUUUGGAUUCUAUUGCAUGUGUAUAGGACACAUUCCUUCUCUUACACGCAAUGUGUUAGGCUGAUAACUGCAGACAAACACUGAUAUCCCCGGCACACUCCAGAGGUCAGGUGCCUUGAAGGGCAUCUGUGUUUUCCAGAGUGCAGAAACGAGAUAGGAGACCAGAUAUCAGUAAAAGCAGCAGUUUCACAGAAAUGUACAGGACCAGCUGUAUUGGUUGAUAGACACUCCCGUUCAAAAGUUUGGGUUAAUUAGAAAUGUCCUUGUUUUUGAAAGAAAAGCACAUUUUUUUGUCCAUUAAAA